UAUUUUAAAACGUUUCCUUGUUCAUUGUUUAACAUUUUGCUUUGUUUGAAUAAAAAUUAUUCCCCACAUAUGUGACCACACACAUCACCAUUAAUGUCGUUGUUGUUAAUGAACAAGUCUACACAUGAUCAUGAUGGAGUUCUACAGUGUAAAGUGCCUUAGUGGAAGAGUAAAAUGUUUCAUAUCUGCCUGAACAUUGACCCCCCGUAUGUGUUCGUGUUAUCACACUGCGAAUUUCUGUAAGUGUGGACCUCUCUUUCACUUCCCUCGCCCAUUUUCCUCCGUCUCAGUUCCAUGGAUAUUCUUCUAUCUCCUACUUUAUUGAUCUUGCUUAAAUUCUGCUGAUAGGUAAAAAUCUUCAUCCAUCACACUGGAAUUUUAAUAAGCUCACGUAUAUCUUUUGUAUUUCUUUAAAGGAAAGAAAACCCUUCCUAGAUCAUAUAAGCUCCAUAUGAUCUUAAACUUGCAUAUGAAGUUACUCUCACAGCCCUGGGCUUUUCUUUUCUAUUGCACAUAUUGUUGCUGUAUUUUUGUUCUUUCCCCAUUUAUUUCAUCUACCACAUUAAUUUGCUUGUUGAAAUAAAUAUCCCAGUGUUUUGUUUCUUAUCCAUACUAUAUAAAAUUCCAAAAAAUGAGUAUGAGUUUGAGUAUUUUCUCCUUCUCACUGCCUCCAUCACUCCCUGUACUUGUAUGUUCAGGUAAAGAGCUCAUAAACAGGGCCACAGUCCACUCUAAUGAGAAACGGUUCACCUUUACACUGUGGGUUCUGUAGACACGCAGGUCUUUUCGUCCAUUGCAGCUCAGCAGGACGCACACGCAAUCAUGCCCGACAAAGAGAAGAACGAUGAUAAGAAACCAAAGAAGAGUGUGGAAUGCUGUGGUUAUCCACUCAGUAUAUUUUUCAUCGUUGUCAACGAGUUUUGUGAGAGAUUCUCCUACUAUGGAAUGCGUGCGGUGCUGGUGUUGUACUUCACGUACUUCCUGCGUUGGGAUGAUGAUCUUGCCACCUCCAUCUAUCACGCGUUCGUGGCCCUGUGCUACCUGACUCCUAUAUUAGGUGCCAUCGUGGCUGACUCCUGGCUUGGAAAGUAUAAAACCAUCAUCUAUCUGUCCAUCGUCUAUGCCAUCGGCCAGAUCAUCAUGGCAGUCAGUGCUAUUCAUGACAUCACUGACACAGACAGAGACGGCAAACCAGACAAUAUGACAGUGCAUGUUGCCUUGGCUAUGGUAGGGCUGACCCUCAUCGCUCUUGGUACAGGCGGCAUCAAACCAUGUGUGUCUGCAUUUGGAGGAGAUCAGUUUGAAGACCACCAGGCGAGGCAGCGUAGUACGUUCUUCUCUGUGUUCUACCUGUGUAUUAAUGCAGGCAGUCUCCUGUCCACUCUCAUCACCCCCAUACUACGAGGUCAGGAGUGUGGUAUUCACAGUACACAGAAAUGCUACCCACUGGCUUUCGGUGUUCCUGCAGCCCUCAUGGUGGUAUCUCUGGUUGUGUUCAUUGCUGGAAGUGGGAUGUAUGUUAAAGCUGCACCCAAGGGCAACAUUAUGCUGCAAGUGUCCAAAUGCAUUGGGUUUGCUAUUAAGAACCGCUUCAAAUACCGUGGCAGUAAAUAUCCACAGAAAGAGCACUGGCUGGACUGGGCUGAAGAGAGAUAUGAUAAACUCCUCAUUGCUCAAAUUAAGAUGGUGCUCAAAGUGAUGUUUCUCUACAUCCCUCUGCCAAUGUUCUGGACCCUGUUUGACCAAAAGGGCUCCCGCUGGACCCUCCAAGCCACCACCAUGGAUGGGACCUUUGGAACAUUGGUUCUGCAGCCGGAUCAGAUGCAGACAGUGAACCCCAUUUUGAUUCUCACCCUGGUGCCCAUCAUGGACAGAAUUGUGUAUCCCCUCAUCAAAAAGUGUGGCUUCAACUUCACCCCUUUGAAGAGAAUGACCGUUGGGAUGUUUUUAGCUGCCAUGGCUUUUGUGUCUGCAGCUCUGGUCCAGCUUGAGAUCGAUAAAACACUGCCAGUUUUCCCUUCCUCUACACAAAGUCAGCUGAAAGUAAUUAACAUGGGAAGUGCUCAGCUCCAAGUCACCAUCUCUCCCAGCACAUCUCUUCAGCUUGGAUCCCUGCAGGCCAGUGAUGACUACAUGACAUUUGACAAUCCAGACAUUAAAGUUUCUGUGAAUACAAAUCCUGUGAUCAGUGAAAACUUCACCCUGAGUUUAGGACUACGUCAGACCCUCAUCAUCCCCUCUGUUCCUAAUGCCAUGUAUCUGACAAAUGAUUUAACUGCUAAACCAGAGCAAGGCAACAAUGCAGUCAGAUUUGUAAACGGUAUGAAUAGAGCUCUGAAUGUUUCAAAUGUUGGACUCAUCGAACCAUCAGAUGUUUCAAACAACACACUCUUUUCACAGGGGUCUCAGACAUUCACCCUCACUGAUGGUGCUCAGUCAUGUCAGUUCUCUACACAGUUUGGGUUUGGAGGAGCUUACACCUUCCUAAUCCCCAGCACACUGGUCUGGACUGAUAAAUGUGGUGGCUCUAUAGUGAGAGUGGAAGAUAUUCAGCCCAAUACUGUGCACAUGGCCCUUCAGAUCCCUCAGUAUUUCCUCAUCACUGCAGGAGAAGUGGUGUUCUCCGUCACUGGCCUGGAAUUCUCCUACUCACAGGCCCCCAGUAACAUGAAAGCAGUGCUGCAGGCUGGCUGGCUCUUGACUGUGGCUGUGGGAAACAUCAUUGUGCUGAUCGUGGCAGAGCUGGCAAAACUCCCUGACAAGUGGGCAGAGUAUGUGCUGUUUGCUUCUCUGUUAGUGGCAGUGUGCAUAAUCUUUUCAAUAAUGGCUUAUUUCUACACCUACAUCGAUCCUGCUGAGAUUGAGGCCCAGUUUAAGGAAAACAACGAGCUGGAACCAGAUGAGAAAAAAGAGAAAGGAAGUAAAGAUAUAGAGAUGGAAACACAUAAAACACAGAAAUACCAAGAUGAACCCAAGAUGACUAAAAUCUGAUUCAACUAUGAUACAACCCUCAUAUAAUAACAUCUUUAAACAUGUACCAGUGUGCUUACAGGCAUUAUGAGUGUUAGACGUAAAUGCCAUGUGUAUAAAUUAAACACAAAAGUCUAGAUAGAGCUUCUGAAAGUGAACAACCGAAUUGAAAGUAAAGUGAA